GUCAGCAGCAGGGAGUGCCACGUCAGCAAGCCCCAGCCUGAUCUAUGCUUACACGCUUGAAAACAACCGUCAUGGACCAGAUGUUCAGGGAAACGGACGAGGCCUAUCAGGCCCGGAUGUUGCUUCUGCUUACCGAAGCUAAGCAACGGUCGGAUGCAGUAGCAGCCGCAACAAAGAAGAAGGCAGAGGACGCCGAGAAGGCACGUCUGUUGGCAAUUGAACAGCAGCACCUACAAGACGAGGCAGCAGCAAAGGCUGCCGAUGAAGAACGACUUCAACACCGCGAGAAGAUAUUCAGCGGAGAGCGAGCUUUGCUCACAUUGGCAGCGGACUGGCGGGCCGAGGCCAAAAAUGGCAAUCUGGAAGAGAGUGGAAAUAAGAUAACUCUCCUCCUUGAGCAUCUCACGGACCUCCUGGCCACGUGCAUUGCACAACAGGAGGACAUUCACAACCGCGACGACGCGGUUCAGAGACACAAUCAGGUGUUUGACCAAUUCACUAGCCACCUACAGCAGCUGGAACAAAUCGCCGCCGCCCCUGUUGCCAGCUCUUCCAACAUCUCCGAUCGCCUUGAGGCAUUGGAGCUUGACGUCGGAUCCCUCAAGGAUGGCAUCAUCUUUGAGCACCUUCGACGAGUGUUGGAGACGCUCUGCGGCGCCAAGUACAAGGCCAACCGCGACAAGUGCGAAUUUGUCCGGCAAGAGCUGGAAUACUUGGGSCAUUUUGUCACAACAGAGGGCAUCAGUCUGCUAUCGGACAAGAUUCAAGCCAUCCAAGAGUGGCCGGAGCCACGGAACGUCACGGCUGUCCGUUCGUUCCUUGGCCUCGCCGGCUACUACGAACGUUUGAUCAAAGGCUACUCGAAGAUUGCUGCCCACUUGACCAAGCUUCAAUGCGAGGAUCGACCAUUUGACUUCGGAGAGGAUGCACGGGAAUCAUUUUUGGCUCUUAAAGCAGCGCUAUUAUCUGCGGAGGUAUUGAGCAUAUACGACCCGCUUUCGCCCACGCGCGUGACUAUGGAUGCAUCUGGCUAUGGCGUCGUCCUCGAACAACACGAUGGCGUGGACUGGCACCCGGUCGAGUAUUUCAGCAAGAAAGUGCCCAUCGUGCACUCCAUUGACGAUGCACGCAAGAAGGAGCUCCUCGACUUCGUCCACGCGCUCAAGCGGUGGCGGCACUUCCUCCUUGGUCGAAGCCAAUUCCAAUGGGUAACGAACAACAAUCCGUUGGUCUUUUACAAGAUCCAAGACACCGUCAACAACACCAUCGCUCGAUGUAUGACUUUCAUCGACCAGUUCGACUUCUUUCCCGAUCACAUUCCGGGGAAGUCGAACCGUUUUGCGGAUGCUCUUGCACGGUGUCCGGAUCAUUGUACCGUGGUCUAUUCAACCUUCGAGAUCGACAACGACCUAUGGGACAGCUUCAUCCGCGGCUACCAAGUUGACCCCGAGUUUUGGGACAAGGAAGCGAUUGCCAUGGACAUUACCUGCCCAUUCCCCAAGCACAAGACCGGCGUGGAUGGGAUUCUCACGGUGGUCGACCGACUCACCAAGUUCGCCAUGUUUUUGCCUUGCCGCUAUCAUGCCAAAGCACCGGAGUUGGCCGAAGUUCUUUACGCCGGUUGGAUUCGAACCAAGGGUUACCCCAAGGAAAUCGUCUGCGACCGCGACACUCGGUUCAUCUCCGAUUUUUGGUUGGCGCUCAUCAAACGUUGGGGCUCGUCUCUCAAGCCAAGUUCAGCUCGCCACGCCCCAACCGAUGGCCAAACGGAGAGGGCACAUCAGACUGCACUGAUUCUCCUUCGCACUCUUAUCCGCCCCGACCAAAAGGAUUGGGUUCAGCGGCUGCCGGAUAUAGAGUUGGCAUACAACUCGUCCAUCCACCCGGUUAUCGGGAUGUCGCCCUUCGAGUUCGAGCACGGCUCACCGGUCACUUCGUCGUUGGACACAAUCAUUCCACGAACGGCUGAGAGCAACGACCAUCUUCUUUUCUUGCGUCGAAUGCAAGAGCUACUUGUCAAGGCACGCGACCAGAUGGCCAAGACGAAGCAACGCAUGAGCCAGCAGGCCAAUCGCCAGCGUCUUCCUUGCCCAUUCCGCAUCGGCGAUCUCGUUUGGGUUUCCACCGCAUAAUUAAGCCUUGAACAAGAUAUCUCUCACAAGCUCCUCCCGAAAUGGAUGGGGCCCUGGACGAUCGUGGCACCCGCUGGGGAUGCACCCGAGGGACCUUCCUUCACUAUUCAGGUGCCCGCCCACUUGCCCGUCUACCCAGUCUUUCAUUGCUCCAAGUUGACUCUUUACACGCCAAUGGAACAUGACAAUUUUCCCGAGCGAUGUUCGCAAGACCCACCCUCUAUGGAUGGUUUUCAGGAGGUCGGCGACAUCAUCUCCCAGCGACGCUAUGGCAACAGGCCAACCGAGA